AACCCAACCAAAACCCUAACCCUAACGAAGGGCGCCGCCACCCAAAAACCGCACGCACCACCCAUUUCGGCGCGGCCACCGCGGGUGCGCGGUUUCGUUUCAAAACACCCUCCUCCCCCGAGCCACAAGAGCUUCUCGCGCGUUUUGGAGUGCGGGGGAUGGCUCCCUUUGGUGAUGGCGGCGGCGGCGGAGGAGGGGAGGAGGGGGAUGCUGCGGGGUGGGGGUGGUGGGACCCCAUGAGGAGCGGCAGCGCGCCGCCGACGAUGGAGGGCGCAGCGGCGGCGCGGGAGGUGGAGGAGGGGGUUUUGGGCGGCGGCGGCGGCGGGUCGUUCUUCUCUGGGGCUGGUGGGCUCGGCGCGAGGCGGCUCGAGGAGGUCGGCCGGUGGCGCGGGGCCGCCGCCGCUCAGGAGCAUUUUGGCAAUUCUGCAUCGUUAUCUAAUGGACAACCAGGCCUACAACUUAAUGGUACGAGAGAGUUUGAUGGGCAGCAAUUUGGACCAACCGGAGCUCAUAGUGUUGGUGCUAUGGUGAACCACUCUCCAGCUGGUUCGGCAUGGAUAGAAACCAAAACAAAUGAUGCUGAGUUUCAUAGGCAUACCCAGAGUCGCUUCAUACCUUCUAUGGGAAAGAUGAAUGCCUUUGCCAUAAGGGAUCUAAAGUCAGCCUAUCUCUCUGACUCUGAUCUUUCAACUUCUUUAUCUAGGGUGAACUUGUCUAAUCAUGUAGAAUAUGAUGAAGGAAGCCUUGCUAAAGAACUGCUUGAUGAAAUGGAAAUGCGUAAUCACAAGAAGUGUUUUUCCUCUAAGAUUGCUGAUGGCAGCCGAUCUCCUUUGCCUGGAAAUGCAUUCUGUAAACUUGGUUCUGAGCACAUGGAUAUUCAUUCACUACCUACAUAUGGUGAUGGUGUUCUAUACAGGCAGAACAGUAACAUAGAUAGUUCUUAUGUUUCAAGGAAUAAUGACCAUCACGUAAAGAGUGUGGAGUGUCUAUCUCUUGCUGAUCAGCUAGCUUUGAUGCAGUUGAGCAAUCUCCAUGAAGAGAAUAAUUACCAUAGUAUUGCAGAUAUGGUAAAUUUAGGCAACCCCUUAAACAGAUGCAACGUCGCAGAUUUAGACUUAGCCAGGUACAAGAAACAAUACCUUGGAGAGCUUUUUGCACAUCGAUGUUUGCCGGAAAAUAUCUUUCUGCCAAAAUGUGGUCCCUCAUAUAAUGACAACAUACCAUAUCAUGAUGAGCCUCGUUUUCCAUUUUCAAGAAUACAAAGACCAGAGUCCCAUAUUUAUUCACAUUUGCGGGGCAUUCCAUAUCAUGGUGAUCAACAACAGCGGCUCUUAUCUUCUAGUAGGAGGACUCCUGGUAGGAAUAUGGGAUCACAGAUUUAUCAAGGUAAUUUAGUAGGAAACGGUUUGGACGCAUCUUCUUUGGAUAUUGCAGAUAGAAAUGGUGCUGUUGGGUUGGAGCUUAUUAAUGUAGUGGGCCAUGUUAUGGAAGUUAGUAUGGAUCAAUAUGGGAGUCGGUUUAUUCAACAAAAAUUAGAGAAUGCCUCACCUGAUGACAGGGAAAGAAUCUUUCCAGAGAUACUGACCAAUGCUAUUGCUCUGACAACUGAUGUGUUUGGCAAUUAUGUGAUUCAGAAGUUUUUUGAGUUCGCUACAGAAAGCCAGCUAAGUCAGUUAGCAGAUCAGCUCAGAGGUCGCUUUUUGGAACUUAGUUUUCAGAUGUAUGGCUGCAGAGUAGUUCAGAAGGUCAUUGAUGUGGUUGAUUUGGAGCGGAAGAUAUCUAUUGUUGGUGAGCUCAAGGAUUCUGUUCUCAGAUGUAUUUCUGAUCAGAAUGGUAACCAUGUAAUCCAGAAGUGCAUAGAGUGUGUUCCUGAAGAUCACAUUCCAUUUGUAGUAGAGGAUGUACUUAAGAAAAUUUAUCUUCUUUGUACUCACCAAUAUGGCUGUAGAGUUAUUCAGAGAGUUUUGGAGCAUUGCCACAAUCCAGCGACUCAAACUGCUGUGAUGUUUGAAAUUGUUGAACGGGCUUUUGAUUUGACAGAAGAUAAAUUUGGAAACUAUGUUGUUCAACAUGUCUUACAACAUGGUAAACCAGAGGAGCGGUCAUCCAUUAUUCAAAAGCUCUCUGGGCAUGUGGUGAUCUUGAGCCAGCAGAAGUAUGCUUCUAAUGUUGUGGAGAAGUGCCUAUCUUUUGGAACUCCUGAUGAACGUGAUAGCCUUAUAAGAGAGAUUGUAUCCUCUGGUCAAACAUUUCAGGCACUGAUGAAGGAUCAGUUUGGCAAUUAUGUUGUACAGAGAGUCCUUCAGACGUGUGAUGACAAAUUCCUAGAAGUGAUCCUUUCAAGUAUCAAGAUGCAUCUGAACGAACUGAAGAACUACACAUUCGGGAAGCACAUAGUUGCGCGUGUUGAGAAGUUAAUUAUCACAGGAGAAAACCGAGUGCGAAUGGGGUCCAAGACUAGCCAAUGCCAGCAGUCGCCAAACUGUACAGAUGUUGACGCUAAUCCUUUUUAAGCAUUGGCAUCAAUAAACAAAUCCGGUGAAUUAACGAAUGUGCAGAUUCAAAUCUGGUGAAUUAACGGAUGUGGAGAUUUUUGUUUUGAGAUACACUGUGAUAGACAAUAGGGUGUUCUGGUGGAGAGUGGAGAUGGAUGUGUUCUCUUCCUUUUACUGUGGCCUGUAUAGAUCUCCCGGUACUUAAAAGGUAAUUAGAUGAGUGUUAGGUAUUGCCGCUGUAAAUCUUCUUUUUUGGCCAUGUACAAGUUUAACAGAUGGUAUCAGCUGUACAUUUGUUUAAGCUGUUGGUUGGUUAACCAUGUGGUUUAUAAUCCUUAUGCCCCUUAUAA